CGCAAAAUCGCCUUUGUUGCAGAGAAUCACACUCUAAUGGCGAUUCCAAUGUCCAUGGCAAUGGCGACUCCUACAGAUUCCGUGAGCAGAGUUUGGAGUAUGUCUUCUCUCAAAUCAGCUCUUCCCUCCACCGCAUCACUCCGAUUACCUUCCUCGUCUUCUCGCCGUCCGGUCACUCUUCGUGUACCAAUCUCUUCUCCUUCACUCCCAUCUUUCUCCGGUCUCUCUCCGGUCAAUCCUCUCAUCUCAAUCGGACUUCCAGAUUGGCAGAGUUUUGAGAAUGGAUUCAAAAUUGUUGACGGUGGUGGUCGUAUCUACGCGAUGAGACACGGACGACGAGUUCCGAAGCUGAACAGACCACCGGACCAGCGCAAAGCUCUUCUGCGAGGACUCACGACUCAGCUUCUUAAGCAUGGGAGAAUCAAGACAACUCGAGCUAGAGCUAGUGCGAUGAGGAAGUUCGUUGACAAGAUGAUUACAUUGGCUAAAGACGGUUCGUUGCAUAAGCGAAGACAAGCCUUGGGUUAUAUCUACGAGAAGCAGAUUGUUCACGCUCUGUUUGCAGAGGUUCCUGAUAGAUACGGUGAGCGAAACGGUGGAUAUACGAGGAUCAUCAGAACUCUUCCAAGGAGAGGUGAUAAUGCUCCAAUGGCUUACAUUGAGCUUGUCUAAGGUCAAUUUCUCUGUUUCUUUAAUUGCUAAAUUGUUCGACUUUUGCUCUGUAAUAUCUAAAAACAGUUGUUGAUGCAGAUAUGAGAUCAUUUUGUUUUGUUAUUGAGAAUUCGACUUGUUAAAAAUGCUUUCUUUAGAAUGGAAACGAUGAGGAAAUAGAUGGAUGCUUUAGUUUUUUCUGGUUAAGAGAAUGAAAAAUACAGUCUUUA